ACUCACAAUGUCUCCGAAAAUUCAAAUUUUGAAGAGCGAUUUACUGAACAUAAAACGUUAAUGGAAUGUAAUCUUCACGACAUUGUCAACUAUCAAAAGCCCACCAGUCGACAUUAUCAGCAACCAAAGGGACAGAUCUGUUCUUCUUCUUUAUCUUCCUUCCCUAAUCUGAAACCCGAUUGGUAAAAAAAAUAAAAAAUAGAAUCAGAAUCUACUGAAAGUCUCUCUCUAGUCUACCAUGAGUUUCCACACCCUAUCAUGUUCAUGAACUGGAUUGGGACUAAAUUUUUCCUUGGAGGAACUAUGGAUUAAGUUAUUACUGGUAGUGUAUCUUUGGAGAAGAUCUGUAGAUGAGACGGAGAAGAGAGUUUAUUCACAAUUCAAGGUUUUAAUAUAUGAUUGUGCGGGUAGGGUUUGUUGUUGCUGCUUCUGUUGCAGCUGUUGCUGUUAAGCAGCUCAACCGUAAACCUCCCAAACCGAGCAAACCAUCAGAAAAUGGCAAAGGAGGCGAUACAGAACAGGCCGUGUCUCCCAACAACAAUCUCAAUGAUAAGAGUCUGGAAGAGGAGGAAGAAGAAGAAGUGAAACUGAUCAACAGCGUGAUCAAUCAGACUCGUGAAAGCUUCUCAGACUAUUUAGAUGCUGAUAUUGAAAAUCUUUUAUCCGGUGAGAUCGAGUAUCCAUUACCUAGCGAUGACAACAGCUUGGAGAAAGCAGAGAAAGAGAGAAGAUACGAGAGCGAGAUGGCCUACAACGACAGCGAGCUCGAGAGGCUGAGACAGCUAGUCAAAGAGCUAGAAGAAAGAGAAGUGAAGCUCGAAGGGGAGCUGCUCGAGUACUACGGACUCAAAGAGCAAGAAUCUGACAUCGUCGAGUUACAAAGACAGCUCAAGAUCAAGACCGUUGAGAUCGAUAUGCUGAACAUCACUAUAAACUCUCUCCAAGCGGAGAGGAAGAAGCUUCAAGAAGAGAUCUCGCAGAACGGUGUUGUGAGAAAAGAGCUUGAAGCUGCGAGAAACAAGAUCAAGGAGUUGCAGAGGCAGAUACAGCUCGACGCUAACCAGACGAAAGGACAGUUGCUUUUGCUUAAGCAGCAUGUGUCUAGUCUUCAGAUGAAAGAAGAAGAAGCGAUGAACAAAGACAGUGAAGUUGAGAGGAAGCUGAAAGCUGUGCAGGAGAUGGAAGUGGAAGUUAUGGAACUCAAGAGGAAGAACAGAGAGCUUCAACAUGAGAAGAGAGAGUUAACCAUUAAACUGGACUCAGCAGAAGCAAGAAUCUCAGCUCUUUCAAACAUGACUGAGAGUGAUAAAGUGGCGAAAGUAAGAGAAGAGGUUAACAACUUGAAGCACAACAACGAAGACUUGCUAAAACAAGUGGAAGGGCUUCAGAUGAACAGGUUCAGUGAAGUUGAGGAACUUGUUUACCUCCGUUGGGUCAAUGCAUGUUUACGUUAUGAGCUAAGAAACUACCAAACACCAGCUGGCAAAAUCUCAGCUCGUGACUUAAGCAAGAACCUAAGCCCCAAGUCCCAAGCCAAGGCCAAACGGCUGAUGCUAGAGUACGCUGGCUCAGAGCGUGGCCAAGGAGACACCGACGUGGAAAGCAACUUCUCUCAACCUUCGUCUCCCGGAAGCGACGAUUUCGACAACGCGUCGAUGGAUAGUUCCACGAGUAGGUUUAGUAGCUUCAGCAAGAAACCGGGUUUGAUUCAGAAGCUUAAGAGAUGGGGCGGUAAAAGUAAAGAUGAUUCAAGCGUUCAGUCCUCUCCUUCGAGAUCGUUCUAUGGAGGAUCGCCUGGGAGACUUAGCGUGAGUAUGAAUAAACAGAGAGGUCCUUUGGAGUCUUUGAUGAUUAGAAACGCUGGUGAAUCAGUAGCUAUAACGACGUUUGGUAAAGUGGAUCAAGAAAGUCCUGGUACACCUGAGACUCCGAAUCUUCCAAGAAUCAGAACACAGCAACAAGCUUCUUCACCGGGUGAGCCUUUGAAUAACGUUGCGGCGUCGUUUCAGGUGAUGUCUAAGUCGGUGGAUAAUGUUCUGGACGAGAAGUAUCCUGCGUAUAAAGAUAGGCAUAAGCUUGCGGUUGAGAGGGAGAAGCAUAUCAAGCAUAAGGCAGAUCAAGCGAGAGCUGAGAGGUUUGGAGGUAAUGUGGCUUUGCCUCCUAAACUUGCUCAGCUCAAGGAGAAGCCAGUUUCGGUUCCCUCCUUGACCAGGACGGUUACCGCAAGUGAUCAGUCUAGUGACGGCAACAACGAUGGUAAAGCUAGCGAAAACGCGCAAGCCGUGGCGAAAAUGAAGCUUGUGGAUAUUGAGAAACGACCUCCUAGAGUGUCUCGCCCGCCUCCAAGAUCAGCUGGAGGUGGUAAAAGCACUAAUGUGCCUUCCCCUAGACCUCCUUUGCCUGGUGGUGGUCCACCGCCUCCCCCUCCUCCACCUGGUGGUGGCGGUGGUGGACCUCCGCCGCCACCGCCUCCUCCUGGAGCACUUGGAAGAGGAGCGGGAAGCGGGAGUAAAGUUCACAGAGCUCCUGAGCUUGUUGAGUUUUAUCAGUCGCUGAUGAAACGUGAAGCGAAGAAAGAUGGUUCACCUUCUUUGAUCUCUCCAGGAACUGGUAGCUCAUCUGAAGCUAGGAGCAAUAUGAUUGGGGAGAUCGAGAACCGAUCAACGUUCCUCUUAGCAGUGAAAGCGGAUGUGGAGACACAAGGGGACUUUGUUCAGUCGUUAGCAACUGAAGUUAGAGCUGCUUCUUUCACCGACGUGGAAGAUCUCUUGGCUUUCGUUAGCUGGCUAGAUGAGGAGCUCUCUUUCUUGGUUGAUGAGAGGGCGGUUCUUAAACACUUUGAUUGGCCUGAAGGCAAAGCUGACGCGUUAAGAGAAGCAGCUUUUGAGUAUCAAGAUCUCAUGAAACUUGAGAAGCAAGUGACUUCCUUUGUCGAUGAUCCGAAUCUUCCUUGUGAACCUGCGUUGAAGAAGAUGUACAAGUUGCUUGAGAAGGUUGAGCAAAGUGUAUACGCGCUUUUACGUACAAGAGACAUGGCGGUUUCACGAUACAAAGAGUUUGGCAUUCCAGUUGAUUGGUUGUCUGAUUCUGGCGUUGUUGGAAAGAUCAAGCUUUCGUCGGUCCAGCUGGCGAGGAAGUACAUGAAACGAGUAGCUUAUGAGCUUGAUUCAGUGAGUGGAUCUGAUAAAGACCCUAACAGAGAGUUCUUGCUUCUCCAAGGUGUUCGUUUUGCUUUUAGAGUCCAUCAGUUUGCUGGAGGGUUUGAUGCAGAAAGCAUGAAAGCAUUUGAAGAGCUUAGAAGCAGAGCCAAAACUGAAUCUGGAGGAGACAAUACUAAUAACAAUGAAGAAUCUGUAAACUGAGUUUCUUAUUUACAUUCACUUCGUUGUCUCUCUGUAUCAUUGUACCACCACAUACUUGUCAGAUUGAAAAUGAUUUAUAGUACAGUGAAAGUUAUAGAUUGUUGUAAAAAACAAGAACAAAAAAACUUUCUUUAAGAUUUUUUGUAAGUUCAUUUUGUUA